AUUUUUUUUUUUCAAACAGGUCCAAAAGCAGACAAUUUCAUUUGAAAACCCGGUUAUUAAGUGCUACAAAUAUGCGGAAGUACGUGUUACUUUCCAUCCUAUGGGCUUCCUUGGUGCAAUUGUGCGCAUUCCAGGGGCUUCCCAGCAGGGUAAACAUGAACACCUGGGGGUUUGGACCCUGGGUUCAGUCUUCAGUUGGCAGCCCGUUACCCACGCCGCAAACAUUUCGAUCCACUGCCGAGCAGCUCGUGGUCGACCCCAACAACUUCGUCUUCAACUAUGCUGCAAACACACAGUGUGAAGUGGUCGUCAAGGGAAUUGAAAGGUAUAGGGAGAGGAUUUUCAACCCUGCGAGAUGGCCAAGAAAACCAGCUGAAAUUAACAUACAGCAGCACCCUAAGGACACUUCCAAAGUUGCACAACAACAAGCUGUGAAAGUUUUGCAAAAUCUCGAAAUUAUCAUCAGUGGAUCCGUUUGUGACACGCAACCGAAAUUUGGCGACGAUGAACAAUGUCACACUCAAUCCUGGGGUCCUGGACAGCCUGGUUUACUCACAGCUUGUUCUCAGGCAAAGUUGACAUCAGCAGCAAGACCAUUCUUGCCAUAUGGCCCAAUCGACCCAUCCAAAGAUGCAAAUUAUGAAUUCUUGAGAAGACUGUUCGAUGAGAUCACCAGGGUCUUUCCUGAUGAAUUUUUGCACUUGGGUGGUGAUGAGCAACGACACAGUGGUUCAUUACUGGAAGCUCACUACAUCCACAGACUCAUUGACAUAAUCAAUAGCCUGGAAAAGAAGAAGAAACCAAUUGUCUGGCAAGAGGUGUUUGACAAUGGUGUCCCCCUCAGCAACGACACAGUGGUUCAUAUUUGGAUUGGUGAUAAUUGGCAAGAUGAGAUGGCGAAGGUAACCAGAGCCAACAAGAAAGUCAUCUUAUCUGCUGGCUGGUACCUGAACUACAUCAGCUAUGGCCUUGACUGGGAGAAGUACUACCUCCAAGACCCAGAAGGGUUC